AUGGCCAUGUUGCCUUUAUCUUGUACUACUAUUGUAGAAGUACUUGAGAGAGCUAAAGAUGAUGAGAAUGGAGGCUUCUUCUCUUUGUCUAUUGACUCACCUAAAGAUAUCACAAGCUUGAUAAACCUCUACAAGUGCUCCCAAGUAGCUUUUCCCCAUGAGUUAGAGACCAUGCAAGGUGUGGAGUUGUUUGCAAAGUCCCAACUCCAAAAAGCACUUCUUGUGGGUAACCCAACUGUUUUGAGUGCAAACAACCUUGAGAUUGAGUGGAAGGAGUACACGGCGGCAAUCUCCAAGUGGCGGAUCGACCGCGGCCGCGUGCCGCCGCUCGACGAGUACCUCGCGACGGCGUGCGUCUCCAUCGGCGCCCCCGUCGUCUCCUGGACGUCGGCGUUCUUCCUCGGCUGUGGUGAUCCCCCGAUCUCCGACGCGGCGCUGCGCCAUAUCGGCAAGGACUCACGGCUGACCCUUCUGGCCGGCCGCGUCGCCCGCCUCACCAACGACGUCGUGACGGCCGACCGGGAGGCCAAAAACGGCGAGCUGGCCUCCGCGGUCAGCUGCUACCGCCGCGAGGGGUGCACCGAGGAGCAGGCUCUGCAGGCAGUGCAAGAAAUGAUCGGAGCAGCCUGCAGGGAGCUGGAGUGGGAGCUGUUCAGGUCUGCAGGGGUCGCACCCGCGCGCUACGCGCGUGCCGUCGCGAACUACGCGCGGGCCGCCAGCCUUUUGUACAAGAGGGCUGAUGGGUUCCCCGCUGGGAAUGAUACAGCGUACGAGGAGAUGGUGAGGGAUUUUCUCUACGGCCCUCUCAAUGUUUGA